AUGGCCAAGAAAGCAGGAAAGAAGAACAAGAAGGGCAGCAAGCCCGCCGCUGCCGUUGUAGACAACGUCAAGGAUGUGAUUGAACCCGAUCACGAAACCGUCGACGAGACCAACCAAACCGAAGGCCGGACUGAAACUGCGACACAGCCUACCGAGACCGUCGCUGAGCCCACCCCGGCGACCGAGGCCCCCGCAACUGAGAUCCCAGCUGUGGCGGAGACCAAGGAAGUGGAGACCAAGGAGGCUGUGAAGGCCGAGGAGGCUCUCGCGACAGAGAACAAGGGUUCAGUGGAAGAAGCCGUGGAGAAGGCGCGGGCCUCCAAGGCCGGCCUACUGGGCGAAUUGGAAGGUGGCGCUGCCGCAGGCACUGCUAUCCUCCCGGAGACGACCACUAAGGAGCCCGUUCCCUCGAUCGCCACGACCGGUGUUUCUGAGACAUUGGCUGAGCGCCCCAAGACCGCGGAAUCGACCGACGUCCCUGCUGUCGUUGCGCCCGUUCCUAUCGCCGCUCCCGUCGAGCCCGAUGCUGCCCACACCAAGCGCCCGUAUGAGAAUCCCAUCUUCAACAAUGAGGAGAACCUGAAACCCCACAAGAUGCCCAAGACCGAUGAGGAGCCGCUUGGCGCUAGCGUGGCGGAGGACAAGAAGACGGUUGAGACAUUGGCCGGUGCUGGACCCGCUUCCACUGCUGCGUUCACAACCCCUGAGCCUGUGCCUGUUCAGGCCGAGGAACCUAAGGCUGCUGAGACUCCUGUGGUUGCUGAGACACCCAAGGUUGUUGAGGAGAAGGCCGCUGAGACUCCCGUGGCUGCCGAGGCACCUAAGGCUGUUGAGACACCCAAGGUUGCCGAGGAGAAGGUCGAGACUCCUGUGGUUGCUGAGGAGAAGAAGGUCGCUGAGACUCCCGUGGUCGCUGAGGCACCUAAGGCCGUAGAGGAGAAGGUUGAGGCACCUAAGGCUGUCGAGGAGAAGAUCCCUGUCGAGUCCGCCCCCAAGAGCACUCCUACUCAGACCGGCACCGGCAAGCCUACCUCCUCUCCCGUAGCGAUCGCCGCCGCGAACGCUGCCAUUCUCUCUUCCAAGGGCGAUAAGGCCGCUCCCCCGGCUGCCGCCACAGUCGCCGCCAAGGAGACUGAGCCCAAGAAGCCUGAAGCUGCCCUGAAGCGUGGCGAGGAGCCCCUGCCUAAGGCUGAGGCGCCCAAGCCCCAGACCAAGGCAGAACCUGUCAAGGAGGAAUCUGGCAAGGCCCAGCCAGAGACCCAGAAGACAUCUGAGCCCUUAGCAGAGCAGGUCGAGAAGAAGAAGGGCGGGUUCAUGUCCUGGUUGAAGCGGAAGUUCAAAUGA